AAUGCAAUGUAAAUAAACGUAACGAGUUAACUUGAAUCUCCAUGCAAGUCCCAUGCACUCAAACCCUUGUAUAUAAACCCCUCCAAGUUCAUCGUUUAAUCAUCACCAAAAUAAGCCCAUCAAUAAAGAAAAUACAAACUCAGCCAUGGCAAUUACAAAAGCUCACUACUCUUUAGCAGUUCUUGUCGUUCUCUUUGUCGUUUCGAGUAGCCAAAAAGUCUGCAAUCCAGAAUGCAAGGCCAAAGAACCCUUCCACUGCGACAAUACUCAUGCAUUCAACCGAACUGGAUUUCCCAAAAAUUUCACUUUUGGUGCAGCUACUUCGGCAUAUCAAAUUGAAGGUGCAGCACAUAGAGCACUUAAUGGAUGGGACUACUUCACUCAUAGAUAUCCAGAAAAAGUACCGGAUCGCAGUUCAGGAGACCUUGCUUGUGAUUCGUAUGAUCUUUAUAAGGAUGAUGUCAAACUACUAAAAAGAAUGAAUGUUCAAGCAUACCGACUCUCGAUAGCAUGGUCAAGGGUCUUACCAAAGGGAAGACUGAUUGGGGGAGUGGACGAGAAUGGGAUAACAUACUACAACAAUCUCAUUAACGAGUUGAAAGCAAAUAGCAUAGAACCAUAUGUGACUAUUUUUCAUUGGGAUGUUCCCCAGACUUUAGAAGACGAAUAUGGAGGCUUCUUAAGCCCACGUAUAGUGGAGGAUUACACAAACUACGCUGAGCUUCUAUUCCAAAGGUUCGGAGACAGGGUCAAAUUUUGGAUCACUUUAAAUCAGCCUUUCUCUCUUGCAACCAAAGGUUAUGGAGAUGGAUCGUAUCCACCAGGACGGUGCACCGGCUGUGAAUUUGGAGGAGAUUCUGGAGUUGAACCUUAUACAGUUGCACAUUACCAACUUCUAGCUCAUGCGAAAGCUGUAUCUCUAUACAGAAAAAGAUAUCAGAAAUUCCAAGGUGGUAAGAUAGGAACAACCUUGAUCGGGAGAUGGUUCGCCCCGCUAAACGAAUUUAGCGAACUCGACAAAGCUGCUGCAAAACGAGCAUUUGAUUUUUUUGUUGGAUGGUUCUUGGAUCCAUUGGUGUACGGAAAAUAUCCAAAGAUAAUGAGAGAGAUGGUAGGAGAUAGAUUGCCAGAAUUCACACCUGAGGAAUCAGCUUUAGUUAAAGGAUCACUUGAUUUUCUAGGGUUGAACUAUUACGUUACACAAUAUGCAACCGACGCACCUGCUCCGACACAACCUAGUGCAAUAACCGAUCCACGAGUUACUCUUGGAUUUUACCGCAAUGGAGUUCCUAUUGGUGUUGUGGCUCCUAGCUUCGUCUACUAUCCUCCAGGAUUCCGUCAGAUUCUAAACUACAUCAAAGACAACUACAAAAAUCCACUUACCUACAUCACCGAAAACGGAGUUGCUGAUCUUGAUCUUGGAAACGUAACGCUUGCAACUGCUCUUGCCGAUAAUGGACGAAUUCAAAACCAUUGCAGCCAUCUCUCUUGUCUCAAAUGCGCCAUGAAGGAUGGAUGCAACGUAGCAGGAUAUUUUGCAUGGUCAUUGAUGGACAAUUACGAAUUCGGAAAUGGUUACACUCUCCGGUUUGGUAUGAAUUGGGUCAACUUCACUAAUCCUUCUGAUCGAAAAGAAAAAGCUUCUGGAAAAUGGUUCUCUAGGUUCCUCGCAAAAUAAGUGGAAAAUGGAAAAUGGUUACACUCUCCGGUUUGAUAUAUAUCCAAACCUCAAAUGUAAUAACAAUUGUACUGUAUGUAUUAUUAUUAUUAUUUUAAGACUACCUAAACCUUAUGUGUUGUGUGUAUGUUGUUAAUAAUGUUGUGAUAAUCGGAUCUUAAUUCGGGGUCAGUUCAUAAAUAAAUAAAAAUGUAUAUGAAGUUUGUAUUGUUCUUGUUCUA